AAGGUAAAGGCCUCGUCUGUCUCCUCCACGGACCCCCCCGGCUCAGGAACAACAUUCACCGCAGAACGUGCAGCCGAAAUCACCCAAAAAGCACUCAUCCGCGCUUCAAUCUCUGAUUUAAACAAACACGACAGCCCAUGGUUUUCUGAAAUGGAACUUGCAAAAGUGUUACGCUUCGCGACGAUGUGGAAGGCUAUCGUGCUCUUGGAUGAAGCAGAUGUGUUUUUUGGAAGCCAGACGUGAUGAUAGCUCCAACGCUACGAACAGAAAUGCUCUGGUUGCGGUGUUUCUGAGGCAUUUGGAAUAUUCUUUUCGGGGAUUGUGUUUUUGACGACGAAUCGUAUUCAUGUGUUUGAUGCUGCUAUGAAGUCGAGGGUGCAUCUUGCUCUUGGGUAUGGAGAGCCUGGAUGAACAAGCUAGGAGGAAGAUUUGGAAGCAAGCAGAGUCUUGAGAAGACUGGUACUGAUUGUUCUGGUCUUGAUGUUGACGAGGUAUCUGAAUUGUUGUCUGAAGAAAGGUUGAACGGGCGUGAGAUAUCGAAUGCCAUUCAUACGGCUGGCACAUUGGCUAGAUAUGGAGAUGAAAAGCUUCAGCUGAGUCACAUCCAAGAGGUGCUUGGUGUGAGGAGAGACUUCGAGACGGCGCUGGAAAAGAUGGAAGCUUCGACUCUUGGACUUGCACCCGGAGUUGGUCUAACAGCUAGACAAAACACCAUCUUGACUGAAGAGCACAAUGUACAAAGAUAGGAGAACGAGUAGAAGAAGCAGAAGAAGACUUACGAUGAGUUGCAGAGAUAGAUGAGCAUGCAACAACUACCGGUCCACGAUUUAUUAAUUCUUGCCUCUCGCCUACGGGAAAUCAUCGCCAAAUGACUGUCUGCACUGUGUCAAGAAUGUUCUACUGGCUUCAUUUGAAGAGGGAGAAG